CAAGUCACAAAAACGAUCCGCGGCCGAAUCUGCACGUCAGUCGCCGGCAAAGCGCGGACCGAGAAACUGGAGGUGUAUAAUAUAAAGUAAAGGGGCCAGCCACACUUGACUUGAGCACGUCUGUCUCUGGCGCGCUUUGAAAUGGGUCGACUUUCGAAUUUGUUCGCGAUCCUGCGCUCUCCGUCCGCGGACAGCAACGCCUCCGCGUCGCCGACCGAGCAACAAAAACACAACAACUGCACAAAUCGCAGGGUGUUCGGUCGCGGGGUCGGCAACAUGAAAUGCGUGCUCAUCUUUGACCAUUUGAACGACCUGAUCUACUCGAAAUGCGACAAAAGAUUCGCUCACCACGUCAAGAAGCUCGCCCGCAUCCAGGGUCUCAUCCCCGAGACCGAGACAAAGGACGACGAGGAAAAGUUUCUUGGCCUGAGCUCAAACGUGAUUAUGCAGCUCUUUUCGCCAAUUGUCACGUCGCAGAGGAUCAUGAGCUGCCAGUUUGGUAAUUCGUAUUCCUCCGUGCAGUGCCAGGACGGAACUUCUAUGGUUUUUGAUGAGUACCUGGGCUACCUAUUUGCCAUGAUAAGCACUGAGGACGUGGAAAUAAUGAAGAGAAACUUGUCUACCUGCAUCGUUCUGGUCCAGCACGUUUGUGGUCCAGAUGUGGCAAUGCUGAAGAGAAUUCCAUUACGAGCGGAAUUGCUGACAAGAAUGAUCGACGUGUGGGUUUUGCUGCGCGACUCGGAGCAGUCCUUUUUGGUUGAGGCCGUCGAGCAACUGAGUGUCAACCCUGAAAUCACAAUGGCCACCAUGAAGGCCCUUCAGGAGGCGUGCGACCGGCUCAAAGGAGCCACCGACUUCAACCGAAUCCACGCCGCCGUUUUUGUGGAAAACAAAUUUUUGUCGCUCUACUCCAGCCGAGGAGCCCAAGAUCUGACGCCUGCAGACAUUUUGUUUCUAACCCUGUUGACUGAGGUUUACCAGCCGGUUUUGAGCAAAUCCAAGACGGCAGAGGCCAAGCCACUGCCCCCCGAAGAGGAGGAGGAUGAGUUUUUCAGCCCGAUGGACAGUCCGAACAAUUCUCGGAGAAACUCUGGCAAGGACACCUCGCGACCUCUGCUUCUCCGUUCUCCAAAGAGCAAAGUUUCUCUCAACACCCCUCUAUCUGGCAGCAAUUUGGCCCUUCUUCUUGGGUCACCCCCUGGUUUCAAUCCGCACGUUGUUCAUGUGGCCCCGAUUUCGGAAAAAGUGGCCCUUGUUCUUGUAUUAGAGACUGGAAGCACCAACAUAUCAGUCGGUCUGUGGGAGGCCUGCCAUGCUUUGAACUCGCUCCAGUCUCUGCAGCUGCAAAAGGACUUGAGUGGCGUGAAGGCCACGACUGAGAUUUUGGACGGAGGAGUAAAGAAGAUUCUCGAAGGUUUGAAGAAAAUUCGCUCAUUGGGACCAGACUACGAAAGGUGCCACCGACAGCUUACAGCAAAUUGGGACUUCCUUCGAAAGAAAUACGUUGAGCUAAUCAAGUCGCAGGACCUUGAGUGCGUUCUGCGGGUCGAGUCUUGUGGCAUCAAAUUCAUGGAGCUCCUGUGCGAAAUCUUCCGCCUCGUUUGUCUGGAUCAAGCUGCGGUCACGCACUCGGCAGACCCGGCCAAGUCGGUUGCCAAAGCAGUGCGAGCCAGACUUGCCGACUUCAUCGGCUUCCUCAAGGUCAAAGCCAUGCGGAACUUCACGCUGGGCUCGAGGGCCACUUUGUCCAUAAACAAAUACCUAGAGGAGUUCCCAGGCUUAGUUCACUUUUUGUACAUUGACCGCACAAACCAUCGAGUGACGACGCCCAGCCUCGACUUCAGUUCCGAGGAAACCAUGUCCCUCACCAAGAGGAAGAUUUGGGCCAUGGUCGAUUUCAGCAGAGCUCACCUGGUUGACGGACACAUUUCCCUGAUGUGGAAGGACACCACAUUCAACUACGCUUACUUCCUGUGGUUCGAAGACUCUUCGGGAGCGCCAAUGAGGCCAAAGGUUUUUCCAACCGCUCAUUUGAAAAAUAUGCCUCAGCCCGGAAUUUUCUGCGGAGAUUUUUAUCAGAGUCUCAUUGGCGCAUGUUUUCCUAAAAUCGCGCCUGGAAAAGUGCAGUGCUUUGAGCUGUUCUGUGUCCACUUGGGUUUGGCCACUUCUUCCUGCGUACUUGAGCACACUCGGCGACUGGCGGCUACAAUUUGGGAAGUGACCGGAGUGCACGGGAACCCAGCAGAUCUCUUGUAAAAUUUUACAAAAGUUUUUAGUCUAGAUUCACUAGAUUCAUGUCUUAUUCCAUUUAAAUGUGAUUAUUAUUGUUGAAAUAUUUCAGUUGCUUAUAUAAUCAAAACGAUAUUCUUGUCGAAUAAGAAAAAAGUGUUCUCUAUUAACUUUGCCAUAUAUUUUCUCAAAGUAAUACUUGUUCAUUCUAACUCAAUGUGUAAAGUAAUGUGUUUCUUAAUGAAACUGUUCUCAAUUCCAAGGAGAGGCGAAAGAAAGCAUGCAAAUUCUAGUCUUUAAAGCAGCUUUUUAGUGUACAAAAAAUAUUAAUCUAGUUUUACACUGGCCAAAUAUUUAAUCCUCUUCUGAUGUGCGGUUUUUUUUAUGUUUUCAAUGGGUUCAAUAAAUACGCUCAGCUUUUGAGCCAAUUUAAACUUCA